AUGGUUACCUUAUUAUUUGAUGUCCGUUGUCUUCUAUUAUUCUUUACUCUUGUUCAAUCUGUAUCUCUUUACACAAUCUAUCCAUUUGAUGAUGAUCAAUCGUAUUUAUUGAGCUCAUCUUUCAAAGACCAAUUGAAUCUACCGAUACAAACUAAACAUAGUGUAUUUGAAGAUAUUCUUAUAAAUGCAAUCAAUAAUGAAAACAAGGAUACUGUUGAAGAAUUGAAAGCACAAUCGAAACGUUCAACUCCACGUAUUGGAUUGUCAUCAAUACCACAACGUCGCAACAAUCGACCACAUUGGAAUCCAUUAGUAGCUGCUUAUAAACGUUGUGGUGAAUUAGUAUCGACUGAAAAACGCGAAAAUUGUUUCAAAGAUGCCGUUCAAAUGCUCUUUGUGCAUAAACUAAGAAAAUAA